CCAGAAGUGCCUUCCCUGCAUUCCAUACCUAGGCGUAGUGUUGGGCUUACGCCUCAGAGGGGACGCAGACGGCCCCUGUUUACAGGGCUGAAAGCUUGGGGGCAGUCUCAGGAGGCUGUCCCUCUUGCUCUGACUCUGCACUACCCGGCCUGUCGGUGCCGCGGUCAUGGAUCUAAAUUUAAAUCGAGCUGAUUAUUUACAGGUGGGAGUGACUUCUCAGAAGACCAUGAAGCUACUUCCUGCCUCAAGACACAGAACUACACAAAAGGUGGUUAUUGGAGAUCAUGAUGGGGUGGUUAUGUGCUUUGGCAUGAAGAAAGGAGAAGCAGUGGCAGUGUUCAAGACUUUACCAGGGCAGAAGAUUGCAAGACUGGAAUUAGGAGGGGUUCUUAACACACCUCAGGAGAAAAUUUUUAUUGCUGCAGGAUCUGAGAUUAGAGGCUUCACAAAGAGAGGAAAACAGUUCCUCUCUUUUGAAACAAACCUCACUGAAAGCAUUAAAGCUAUGCACAUUUCUGGCUCAGACCUCUUUCUCAGUGCAAGUUACAUCUAUAACCAUUAUUGUGACUGCAAAGAUCAGCAUUAUUAUCUUUCUGGAGACAAAAUCAAUGACGUCAUCUGCCUUCCAGUGGAAAGUGUACCUCGUAUUACACCAGUAUUGGCCUGCCAGGAUAGAGUGCUCAGAGUUCUACAGGGAUCCGAUGUGAUGUAUGAAGUUGAAGUUCCUGGCCCACCUACUGUCUUAGCACUUCACAACGGGAAUGGUGGUGAUUCUGGAGAAGACCUUUUGUUUGGAACAUCAGACGGAAAACUUGGACUUGUUCAGAUCAGUACAUCCAAACCAAUGCACAAGUGGGAAAUUCGAAAUGAGAAAAAGAGGGGAGGUAUUUUGUGUGUUGACAGCUUUGACAUUGUGGGUGAUGGAGUUAAAGAUUUGCUUGUUGGGAGAGAUGAUGGUACGGUGGAAGUGUAUAGUUUUGAUAAUGCAUAUGAGCCUGCUCUACGAUUUGAUCAGACCUUGUCUGAAAGCGUCACAUCUAUCCAGGGUGGUUGUGUAGGGAAAGAUGGCUAUGAUGAAAUCGUGGUAUCCACAUAUUCAGGUUGGGUUACAGGUUUGACGACAGAGCCUGUUCAUAAGGAAAGUGGGCCAGGAGAAGAACUAAAAAUUAAUCAGGAGAUGCAGAAUAAAAUUGCUUCUUUACGGGGUGAGCUGGAACAUCUGCAGUAUAAAGUACUGCAGGAAAGAGAGAAAUACCAACAGUCUUCCCAAUCAAGCAAAGCAAAAUCAGCAGUACCUUCAUUUAGUGUAAAUGACAAAUUUACAUUAAAUAAAGAUGAUGCCAGCUACAGCCUUGUCUUAGAGGUGCAGACUGCGAUAGAUAAUGUCUUAAUACAGAGUGAUGUUCCAAUAGAUUUACUUGAUGUGGAUAAAAAUUCUGCUGUUGUAAGUUUUAGCAGCUGUGAUUCUGAGUCAAAUGACAACUUUCUUCUCGCCACUUACCGGUGCCAGGCAAAUACCACAAGGCUGGAACUCAAGAUUCGCUCAAUUGAAGGCCAGUAUGGUACACUUCAAGCAUAUGUGACUCCAAGAAUUCAACCCAAAACCUGUCAGGUCCAUCAGUACCAGAUCAAACCCCUUUCACUCCAUCAAAGAACUCACUUUAUUGAUCAUGGAAGACCAAUGAAUACACUGAUUCUAACAGGCCAGUUCAGUUUUGCUGAAGUUCACUCCUGGGUGUUUUUUUGCCUGCCUGAAGUUCCUGAAAAACCACCAGCAGGAGAAUGUGUGACAUUUUACUUUCAGAACACCUUCCUGGAUACACAACUUGAAAGUACCUACAGAAAAGGAGAAGGAGUGUUUAAAUCUGACAACAUUUCUACUAUAUCCAUCCUAAAAGAUGUGCUCUCUAAGGAAGCUACAAAAAGGAAAAUCAACCUCAACAUAUCAUAUGAGAUAAAUGAAGUAUCAGUCAAACACACUUUAAAGCUAAUCCACCCAAAACUGGAGUACCAAUUGCUUUUGGCUAAGAAGGUGCAGUUAAUUGAUGCUUUAAAAGAAUUGCAGGUUCAUGAGGGAAAUACAAACUUUCUGAUACCAGAAUAUCGCUGUAUUCUAGAAGAAGCAGAUCACCUACAAGAAGAAUAUAAAAAGCAACCUGCACAUCUUGAAAGACUCUAUGGCAUGAUCACUGAUCUUUUCAUAGAUAAGUUCAAGUUCAAAGGUACCAAUGUAAAAACCAAAGUACCUCUUCUGUUGGAGAUUCUGGACAGUUACGACCAAAAUGCAUUGAUUGCUUUCUUUGAUGCUGCCUGAAAUAUGAACAAGGUAAAGUCCCAAAGAAGUGGUCUAUUUAAUAGAAAAAUGUUAAAACAAAAUUACAAGAUAACUGUACAUACUUUUAUUUCAAAUGCUUGUUGAUAACAUCUAAAAAUAUUUGAAAUAUAAUGACUUUUUUUAGUAUUAUUUUAUUUUUUUGAAAGUGGAGCUUUUAAAAAUUGAGGAUUUUUAUUUUUAAAACAUGAGCAGAAUGAUUAUAAAAGAUUUUAAUGAAUUUUUGCAAUUGGAUGUUUUAAUUUUUAAAUUGAGAAUAUUCGGAAAAUAAAAAUAUAGUCAUAUUUUUAGCAAACUAGAGACACAUUUGUAUGUGUAAACUGCUCUACAGUUUUUAAAAUAUAUUUACAUACAUUACCUCAUUUGAUCUUCACAACAGUCCUGUUAAGUUUGUCAAAGCCCAUAAGAUGGUUCUCAGAGACUUUAAGUGACAUGAGGUUAAGAGGACAUGCCAUUAAUUUGUGAGUUUGGGACUAAAGCCCAGGUUCUGGUGCCUGGUUUGUGUCCUGGUUAUUAGGUAUGUUGGGAAUAGUGGAAUUAACCUACAAUUAUUUUUUUUCUAGCAGUUGAGAUUGAUUUGCACAGAUAACUCUCUUGCUCAGUAAUGUUUUGUGAUCCAUGCUGCAUGUUACGAAAAGCUUGAGUUGGCUCAGUGCUGUAACUUGUGGCCAAGGAAAUGAGCAGAGUUUGCACAGAUGGGGGUACAUCUUAAUUUAAUGUGCUGUAACCAAUUAAGCUAUACAGUUGUACUGCACUCUGCGAAAGAAGUGAUGGCGGCUUAUAUUUUCCUGUGCUAGAAUCACUAAUUUUCCUUUCAUCAUAUAUGAAGGAAAAUAUAAUUUUAAGAAUACAGACUUUCUUUUUCAUUAAUCUUAAUGCAAAUUUAUUCAUUUUCAGGGGAAAGAUAUUCCCAAUAGAGCAGCCUGGCAGUAUCCGCAGUGCUGGCUGGGGUCAUAAUGCUAAAUAAAAAGUAAUGGGCUGAGUCGGUUUGUUUUAAAUGACAAAGAUUAUAAUGGUUAAAAAAAAACUAUUCUCAAUGUUUUCAAGAAGGGCAGACCCACAAUAAUGUUUCUUAAUUAUAUACUUAUAUACCAUAUUUAUUAGUUAUGUGCAAGCCUUGUUAUAUAUUAAAUGUAAAAAUUUGUUGAAGGUACAUAUAGCUAAGAGUUUUAUUUUAAUAAGGUCAUUUUUUUUUACUAUAUUUAAACAGCCUUCAUUUCUAAAUGGAAUGUAUCUAUAUCUAGGUCACUAGAAUUCACUCUUUUCUGUUGGCUGCCUCUAUAUACAAGGCCACAGCUUGGAGGAAAGUGGAUAAAAAUUAAUGACUUUCUGGCUGAUUUCUUAUAGUACCUUUAUUAUGUUAUAAAUAUCAAAAAUAGUUCAAAGUACCCCUUAAAUUAAUGUAUCUUCAUUGGGAAAAAAAUGAAACGCAUAAGACACAAUCUCUGCUUGCUGUGAAUAAAUACCUAAAUGGUAAGAUGACAUCAUGGUCUGCCAUUAUUACUAUAUAAGCAUCGCGUUAAAUGAUUUAUACACAUUAUUUUAUUUAAUCCUAACGAUAAGCAUAUGACCUGUAGACAUUAUUACUCCCAGUUAACGAAUUAUCUUAAAAAAAAAAAAAAAAA